AUGCAGAAAACCCAGCCCGGAGCCGCGCGGAGUUUCCAACCUGUGGCAGCGAACAGCAACGGAGGCAAAUCUCCGGGAGAAGCCCGGACGCCGCGCCGGCUCAAGGCGACCGUGGCUCGUCGGGUACCCUCAGGGUGCCCCGAGGACGGCGGGGCCAUGCCGGAGGCCGCGCGGAGCCUGCUGGCGCUGCUGGCGCUGACGGUCGCUUGCGNUUCGCUUGAAGGGGACGGGGGAAGCGAAGCGGCCGCCCGCCCUCGCGGCCGCUGCUUCUCCAGGCUCCGCCGCUGCAAGACCCGGAUCGCCUCCGGGGGAAGGCUAAGCGAGACGCGGAGCGAAGCUUCUCCGCGGCCUCCCGGCGCCGCGCAGAGGCUCUCCCGGGGCCGCUCCGGGCCGCCGGCCGCUGGCACGCGCUCCUACGAGAGCCUCUGCGCGGCGCCGGGAGGCCGCGGAGAAGCUUCGCUCCGCUUCUCGCUUAGCCUUCCCCCGGAGGCGAUCCGGGUCUUGCAGCGGCGGAGCCUGGAGAAGCAGCGGCCGCGAGGGCGGGUGGCCCGCUUCGCUUCCCCCGACGCCUCCAGGUGUCCUCUGGCGGGAACCUCGUCGCCCGAGGGGGACUUGCGCGCCUUGCUGCAGGUGUCGCUGCUCAACGAGCGCCACCGCUACGACGACGUGGAGUACGAGGAAGACGAGGCGGCGGGAGACCCCGGAGCCUUCGCCGCUGACGAAGGGCUGCUUAUUCCUGCGAGGGAGAGAAAAAAAGCACCUCACUUUCUACUUAUGGGUCGUACUGUAGAGCACGGGAGUGGAUUUCGGCCUCUUGUCUUUCCUGGGGAGGUGGGUGUGGUUUUCUUUUUUGUGCCUUUUCUUCGGAAACACCCAGGCGGAAAGCCCUGCCCGUUCUAAUAACCAGCGGUUGCUAAGGCAGCAAGGUGGCCUCACGUUGUACAACGGUAGAUUUGUGUAAAAUGCCCUUUGAAGGGAUUGUCACUCCCCAGCCAACACCAUCUUUGCUUGAUAGCGCAUCAGAAAGGUGCUUAACCAUUGUCUCCCAAGAUAUGUGUCAAAUAUGUCUGCCAAAAGAGCAUCCUCCCUCCACCUCUCCUUCUGGAAAUCUGCUUCACUUCUUGAAUGGAUUAGUGUUCUCUAUCCAGCAUCUUUUUUUAAAAAAAUCAUUGCAUAGUGUUAAGGAAAAAGACACAGGAAUGCAACUCAUUUGUGUGUUAUUCUUUGCUAGGAUAAUAUAAAUGUUUGAAUGUGAAAGAUGAGAAUGGUGAAGUUUAAUGCCUCAAAUGUAUAUGGGUUUUACUAAAACCAGCCAAAUAUGAGUGUUCAAUUUUUAUCAUCUCUGUUCAAUUUGUUAUAACACAGUGAUUUAUUUUGUUAACCUUUGUAAAGAUUGAGGACUCCUGUGUAAUUUGAAUCUGUUCCAAAUAUGUUUAGAACAGCUUCACGUUACUGAAAAAGUGGGAAACAUCUGAAUGCAUGCUGAGAUCCAGAGGAGUUAAAGGAAGACUGAAAACAAAAACUUUUUCCAUGGUUUAUUUCAGCUUCCUGGAUGUGCUCGAGGAUGACUCUGAAGUUUAUGAAUUAACUUUCAUUCUCACAACAGAAACAAAAGGAAAUAUGCUGUCUCUAUUCCACGUGUUCUGAACAAAAAUAUUUUAUUAGUACUUUGUAUAUAUAGAAUAGCACAGUGAUUUUGUAAACUUGCAACAUUUCUAUUUAUUUGAAUAAACAGCAAAAUUUUGUGA